AGAUAGCCUUCUUUCCGUUGGCCAUGGUGCAGCUCAGACCGCGCUCGUCGCGUAUUCCCGCGCCGGCGGAGGCGAUGGUGGACGAGGACCAGGCGGCCUCGGAGGAGGAGGAGGAGGCCGAGCACGGCUUGCUGCUCGCGCAACCCAGCAGCGGCGCGGCGGCCGAGCCACUAGACGAAGAGGAGGACGGAGACGACGAGGCCCCGGAGGAACUCACUUUCGCUAGCGCCCAGGCGGAAGCCAGGGAGGAGGAGCUGCGCGUGCGCGAGAGUGCUCGCAGGGAUAAAACGCUGCUAAAGGAGAAGAGGAAGCGGCGUGAGGAGCUGUUCAUCGAACAGAAGAAAAGAAAGCUGCUUCCAGAUGCUGUUUUAGAGCAGCUAACCACAGCUUCAGAGGCAGACAUAAAGAAGUCACCAGGAAACGUAAAAGUUAAUUUGAAAAAGGAACAUGAACAACCUGCUGCAAAAGGAAGAAACUCCAAGAAAGUUAAAAUCCAGAAAGUGCAGUCUGUCGGUCAGACUAAAAGCUACUUGGCUGUGAGGCUUAAAGAUGAAGACCUCAGAGACUCAAGGCAAGAAGCAGCCAAGCACUUCAUCCACAGUUGUUUGUACGGUUCAGGAUCCAGGAGGACAACUGUGAACAAGUUCCUGUCUCUGAACAAUAAGAGGUUACCAGUGAAAAAGGCUGCAGCCCAGUUUCUGAAUAGCACCUGGGGUACUCAAAAACAACAAAAUGCCAAGAGGUUUAAAAAACGGUGGAUGGCCAAAAAGAUGAAAAAGAAAACUUCUAAGUGAAUCAAAGUAAAGAUAAUGAAGAACCUGUAUUUGUAUGUAUAGAUUUUAAGGUUACUAGGUGUGGAGAGGAUUCAUUUCUCAAAAUCUAGUCAUGGAUAAAUCAUUGUAAAGGACUAUAAAAAUCAUAAACGUUUUUGUUUGGUAAAACA